UGUCCGAGCUGCUUCUUCGUUUCAAAUACAUUUGGCGCCGCUGCCUAUUGUUUGAGCCUGUGCUCACGAUGAAAACACGCAUCGCAGAAACCUGAAAGCCCGCCAAAAGAGCUCUAAAAACCGCAUCCCAGACCUGCCGGCAGACUUCCGAGCUAAGCCUGAUUAAACAAAAACGUUUGAUCCGGCGGAAUAAUGUGUUUGAUAUUACAUCCCAUGUCAACAAGGAACUGCGCUGUCUGUCUUCGCCCCCAACAGGUGAUGGCUGGUCGUGGUUCAUCAGCGUUUGUUUUGAAACUGAUGGGUACCACAAGGCAUGAAGGAGGUGACUUGCAGCAGCAAGGCACUGCAAGCCUUCGCAGCAACUGGCUAGCCAGUGCUGCUCUGUUCUGAACUGCACUGCGUGUCAUGCGGAGGUUUUGUGCAAGCUCUCUGGGCGGCGACGCUAGCCACGAUUGGCUUCGUGGAUGCACAGAAAUACUCAAGGCGCUUGACGUCUGUGGCUCAUCUGUAUUGUUUUUCCCGGUACCACGGCAUGAAGGAGCUGGCCUCCCUCCCUUCCAUCAGCUGCGAGAUACUACAAGCACUGGGCUACAGCUGCAGCUAGCCCAUGGGUACCGUUCUGCGUCCUGUACUGCAUCUAGUUCGAAAGGCCAUGUGAAAGGCAGCGGCACAGCGUUUACAAACCGGACUUUGCCCUUCACCGAGGGGAAAGUCUACCGACUGGCCCUACAGUUGGUACCGGGGACCAUGACAUCAGUGAGCUGGCUUUCACCUUGUCCAAGGCAGCAGCGGAACACUACGGGCGGGACCCUGGAUCACUGCACCAUGGAUGCCGUCCUGUACCCUGCACGGCACUGCGUGUGGCUUAAGUGGCCAAGCAGAGGGUCAUUGCAUGACUUUUAUGAGGCGCCGCUAGCCAUUGUAAGUACAUUUUGGACACUCAUGUCUGGUGAUGUACUUUUGUGCUCUACCGCAGAGCACAUUUGGUGGCGGUUCAGUCUUGCCAAUUACACCAUUUUGAAACGGAACACAUUUAGUGGUGGCUCGGUUUAGGUUUCCUGGCUCGGUGAUCUUGCAACAGUGUCUAGACUUGGCGUAAACCUUUUUGUACUUCAUUGUCAAGGCUAGUGUAAUUUCUGCAAUGCCGUUGAAGCCACUUCUGCACGCAAACAAGAUAAAA